AUGGGACAAGCAUUUCCAUGGGAUUUCGUCACAUUUCCACUCGGCUUGGCCCUUUUCUUCUCGGGAUAUUCUUCGAAAAUUCUGAAAUCGAAAGGACUCGACUACUCGGUCUCACUUUCUCUCGGCGCUGUUCGGGUCACGGCAAGAGCUGCUUCUCGGUUGAACACGUUCGCCGCUCGGCUUCUCCUUCUCGGUAGGCGAUGGCUCUCCUCGGCAAUGGCACAGGGACCGACGAGUUGCGGCUCGUUGAAGGCGAUGGAUGAAAAGACGACUUGUUGCUCGAUUACACGGCCUAUUGCUCGUCGAUGGCGCACGGCGUGGCUCUCCGAACAGAGAAAAAGAACACCCAGUGAUAGGAUUUUUUAA